UCGCAGCGCAGCACAGUGCUCGCAAAUGAGUAGCCGCUGUCGCCGCCGCAGCAGCAGAGGCAGCAGUUGGCAUGCAACGUCGGCACUUUCGCACCAAAUUGUAAGUAGGUAGUAACGUACAUAUCUCAUUGAAGAAGUCAUCUUCGUGCCUUACCGACGUGCUUGUUCCACAGACCGUAAUCUGUAGCAGAGUAGUAAGCAACCGUUUAUUUUCGUCUCGCAGUUAGUUAAAUUGCAUUGUCGUAUACAUACACGUAGUUUACAUACCUACAUGCAAUACAAUAAACGCAUAAAUAACACACAUGCAUACAUACGCGUACUAAUUACAGCUGAAAACGUAAAAUACCUGUGUAUACAUUGCCAAAGUGUUAACUAGUUUGCAACGUUAAGUUGAAUCGAUCUUUAAUUUUUCUGAAAAAAUAUAUUUAAUUUAACGCGUACUUUUUUGUUGUGUUGAGUGCUUGUCGCAAGCCAGAAAUAUUUAUUUCGCAUCUGGAUCACGAAUAUUCCACAGGAAUUCCGUCCAUAAAAGAAUCAGCCCACCAAAGCCAACGCCAACGCCAACGCCUACAAACAUAUGCUCACACACACACACACACACACAAAGUGAAGUGCAGUUGUAUGAGUAGUUGGCAGCAAAAAUAGCAGCGAGAAGGUGUUGAAACAACAACAAAUUGUGUAGUAAAUAACAACAACAACGCGUGCCGUACAAAUAUUAACACGACAGUCAAUGUACAUACAUAUGUAUAUGUAUAUGAGAGUACAUCAUAAAAAGUAGCAACAGCAACGGCAACACACAUCGUGUAAACGACUACUAAAACGUUGAUAAAACAACAACAACAACAACAGCAACAACAGCGGCGACAGUUAAAAAUUGAGUUUGCGAUUAGCAAGUAAAUUAAAGCGUCAAAGCCUAGCAUUCUAAAUCACUUCGCUGCCUGCACCGCAUACAGUUACAAAAGCAACAAACAUCGCUACAAAAUUACUUUAAAAACUACGCCAGCCCACCCCGUGCAUAGUAGAAAAAGUGCUCUUUUUCUCUAGUGUAGAUAUCAAACUCUUAUCGCUCGCAAUCGCACCAAUACAUCAACGGCACCUAGUACCAAUACAUACGUGUACAUACAUGCAUAGCAGCUGCCACGAAUAACAACAAUUUUACUGCCCACCACACUGUGUGACCAACCCCACCACGAUUACACGCACCACUUACCGCUUGGUAAGUAGUAAAAAAGCGAGUGACGAGCAUACGAGCGCAACGAUAACUCAAACGCUCGCAAUUAACGCGCACUCAGUAGUUGUCAACACGCCGCGCGUCGCACCGACAGUUGAUCUGUGCAUUUGAGAAAAAGCGCUUCAGGCACCGCACGCCGCGCACAGUUGCCGCCAACAAGUGUUCGAAAAGCGCAAGCGAGUGCGAGUAAUUAGCUCCCCCGCUUGCUGAUCGAUUAACGGUAAUAUAGAAACUACUUGGGUUUCAUUUAACUUGUGGGACGUACGUCCGAGCGAGUGUGCAUAGCAAAAUUGCCAGUGUGAUUUGUGAGCGCUGAGCGUAAAAUUCGCUAAUCAGCAAGUCAAGCGCGUACAAAAAAAAAAAAAAAUCAAAAGAUAUAAAUACAAAUACAGUGACACCCCAAAGUCACAUAUACAAGUACAUUUAUAGUGCAGCAGCAGCGGCAGCAACAGCAAGAGCAAAGCCAAAAGCAACGACAAAAUGUUCGCUGUAAUGAGAAUCGACAACGAUGACUGCCGGUCGGAUUUCCGCCGCAAGAUGCGUCCAAAGUGUGAGUUCAUUUGCAAAUAUUGCCAGCGGCGUUUCACCAAACCCUACAAUCUGAUGAUACACGAACGCACCCACAAAUCACCGGAGAUAACGUAUUCCUGCGAGGUUUGCGGCAAAUAUUUCAAGCAACGCGACAACCUGCGUCAACACAGAUGUAGUCAAUGUGUAUGGCGAUAAACAGCAAAAAAAAAACUAAAAAAAUAAAAAAUAAAAUCGCCUGCUCAAGUUUAAGCACUUCUCCUCUCAUGCACUUAAAUUUAAAAAAGAAAAAAUAAGCAAUAUGCAAAAAACAUCUUACAUACAUAAAUCAAAAGCACAGCGAAGAUAUAGAAAAAUUUAAAGCACAAACGCACGCACGCCUACAUAUAUGUAAAGAAAAUGCACGCACUAUUUGCGAAACAACCACAAUAAAAAAAGAUUAAAUUAAUAAAUUAAAAAAGAAACAGAAAUAUGAAGAAGGCUUUAUACUGCAAAGGCUUUUGAGCUUAAGAUGGAAACUAGCUACUCUGGUCUUCUCUGGUUGGUGAAAGGUGACACUUUGGCUUACAAAUGGUUUAAAUGAAAACGAAAAAGAAAACUCUUUUGGUGAUUGGUUUGGUUUUAUUGACAGCAACGCCCGCGGCUAGUUAAUGGAAGGAAGUCCUGUAAAUAUAUACAUAUGUAUGUACUUUAGUGCCGAGGCAUUGACUGGCAACUUGGUGAGUGGUGGAUCAACUUUUUUUCUUGCAUUAAAUAUAGAAACUUUCAUAAAAAGCACAAGCACUACAUUUUGCAACAGCACAAAAAUUAAAAUUAAAAAUCAAAUAAAUAAAAAUAGAAAAAAACACUCAAACUCUUGAAUAACGGUAUUUGCGCUUGCUCAUGCACUUCAGUAUGUAUAUAAAAUCACAAAUAAUUUGCAUACAUACAUUCACCAACCUUCAUUGUGUACACCUAAUGUGGUACACAAGUUGCAAGGAUGCUCAGAAUGCCCACAUACAUACAUACAUUCAUGCACUAAAAAUCAUUAAAAGUACAGUUGUUAUUUUAAAAUAAUUGUUUUUGUAUUUUUUGCCAUAGAAGUAUGCACAUGGAUACCUGUGGACGCAUUUACUAAACAACAAAAACAAAUUUAAUGAUUAAACAAGGCAAAUAUGAUGUUGAGAUUUUGAAAUUUUUCCAAAAGAAAGUGCAUAAUAGAAUUAUCAUAAAUUGAAAUAAACUAUACACUCACCAAGCGUGCUUACGCUCAUUACUUACACAAUUUCUUGCUAAAAUAAAUUCGAAAAAAAAAA